AUGAGGUGGUCAAGGAGGGAAAAACUAGGAAAGGCAAUUUCAUGUAACAAAAGCAACCAAGAUGAUUCCUUCUUCCUCCCUGAAAGCCUACAACAAAAUAGGAAACAGUUGCUGAUGUUGAUCUAUGUGUCCCCAGCCAACAGGAACUCCACACACAGCGUCUACACAAGUUUUUCAGUGAGAGCUGAAUCCCUUUUAGGCCUGUCUCCUAGACCAAAAGAAGAUGAUGGAACACUGGAAGCUGGAAGAAGAGUCCCACCGCUACCUGGAGUGAAGAAUGGGGAGAUUCUAACCUACUCUUCAACAUAG